UAUACCUCGAAUAAGUGUAUCAUAUUUAUUCUCACCCGUUUACACCUAUUUUCACGUGAAUAAAUCCAUCUAUAGCUAUAGAUCUCCCUAAUGUAAACCCGCCAUUACAAUUCAAUUAUUCAACUAGCAUCUAUCUAAACAUUGCUUGCACUAGAAUAUAUGUAAAUUUUACGUGUAGAGGCGGUAUGCCUUAAUAAAACAUUGUGUAGAAAGUAAUGAAAAUUUUUAUUUUUCUGGUGUAUAAGUUUCUUGCAAGGAUAUUGGAAGUUCUGAAUAAACACUUUAGUGUGCCUCGAUUGCGACACCUUCGUGAGUUAGUGGAUGUCAGUGUAGGAAACCUGAAAGACAUGACCAAUGAACUGAAUUCUAAUGCUGUGAGUGAGUACUGCUUUCGACCAUAUGAGGUAAAGCGUAUCAAGUAUAAAAAGCAGGCGGGAUAUGAAAAAUCUAGACCAUACGCCAGAAGUGGUCAUCGAAUAGUGUGCAGCGAUUCAGCAAUAUAUUGCUUUGGGGGAUUUAAUCCGAAUAUGGCUGUAAUGAACGAUGGCGACGAAGCGUCCUGCUUAUUUCAGGAGCUGUGGAAAUAUGACAUCGUGCGUAAUGAGUGGACAUUGCUCAUGGACUCGAACAAUGAUCUACCGCAGGAAUUGGCAUCAAAUGCGAUGAUUAUGCAUAGAAAUCUUUUGAUUGUAUUUGGAGGAACAGGUUUUCCGUUUGGUGUUAAUUGCUCAAAUAAGCUCUAUGUCUGCGAACCUGCGAAAAAACCAAAGGAGAUGAUGGAAAUCGAAGUGAAAGGAGAUCUACCGCCAGCCCAAUACGGCCAAACCAUUGUUUUUCACGAUGGUUUUCUGUACACGAUUGGCGGAACUGAAGGCUUUGACUAUACAUGUGAUGUUUACAGAUUAAAUGUAUCAUCCAGAACAUGGGAAUGUGCGUACGCAUGUCGCCAAGAUAUACGCGAUGAUCCCCCUGGUCGUUAUCGCCAUGAAAUUGCUUUCGAUGAUAACAAUGUUUACAUAAUCGGGGGAGGAACCAGUGAUUCUGCUUUUAGCUUAGCCUCUAUUCCCACUUAUAAUCUUAAACGAAACAAGUGGACGUACACAGCGACAAAACCGGACCCAAGUCUACCCCUCCCAGGUGUUCCGGCACCGAGAAAAUGUCACUCAUGUGUUCAAUACCACACCGAUAAUGGCACGGAGGUGAUAGUGGCUGGAGGAUAUGAUGGUGGAUCGUAUUACGCAGACGUAUGGAAGUUGAAUUUAAAUACCUUUGAGUGGCGGUUGAUGCAAAAAUCGGUGCUACCAUAUACGUUAUUCUUUCAUGAUGCUGCCUGCAGUGAAUCCGGAUGCAUGUAUAUUUUUGGUGGCAUAAAGUUUAGCUUCCGUAACAAUCUUCGAACAAAUAUUGUAUAUAAAAUGUGGAUGACGAUUCCGAAGUUAAGCGAGAUAUGCUGGGAAGCAUUGCUGCAUUAUAGUCAGGAAUUGCCAGCAAAAUCAAAGAACGAAUUACUUGAAUUAGGAAUUCCUUUGAAAUUUGUGCAAAGGAUUCAUGAAGCGUAGAUUGAGUCUGCGUUACCAAAUUUGUUUCUACGUGGAUUAAUAAAAUAUAUAAAAAUUGCGAGAUUAUAUAAAAAUGUGUAUAUUUUGUAUGUGAGAACUCAGUCCGAUAAUGGCAAAAAAUAGUUUUAAUUUUAUAGCACGUA